AUGUACGCUUUAGGACCGGUGGUCAACUUUGCUCCGGUCGAGUUCCAGCAGCGGCCUCCACGACGGCAGUAUGUCCCCAAGCUGCAAGCAGAAGGGAACAACACGCUGGAAAACGUGCUUGAUACAAAUGAACGGCAUAAUGCUGGAGAACUUAUAACAUACAUAUUUCCCGACUUCAAGGCGGUCAGCUAUUUCCAGAAAGAUUUCAUAGCACUUGAUGAAUUCCACGUUGCUGAGGAGACAGAGGCUCUGGGUUUCGAGAUAUACCUAGUUGACCAGUGGAUACGAGGCAGAAAGAUAGGUGGUGUCAUUUCCGCGUAUACCGGCAGUGCCGAAGCCAGGGUGAAAGUCAUUAAGUUUACCAUUCUACGAAAGCCCCUGAAACAGUAUCCGGCUCGGUUCCAGGAGUACCUCAAUGAGAUGAUGAUGAACCAUGCUACGUUCAAGAAGAUGGAACCAGAGACAAACCUGUCCUCGCAGGACGAGACAAUCGUCAAUGAGUUUUUACUUGUUACCAGCUUAGAGGCGCUUCCUUCGAAUUUGAAUUUGAUUCCUGUGACUGAAGGAGAUACCAGACUUGUGGAGGAGCGCUUCGUCCUCAACUCCAAUCUCAAAAAACUUAAUUGCGGAGGUCGUUCCCUAUCACUUGCAGCUCAAAAUGUUUCUGCUGCAUCAGAGGAUAAGUUCAGGCAGAUGUACAAACUCCUGGAUGAGAGCGUGCCAAUGAAGUUUGCUAUUAGACAGUUGGUGAACCUUAUACAAACUUGUUUGUUCUAUUUUGAUUUCCUUGAUGCCAGAUACUGCGAUGGCCUUCUCUGUCAGAAAACGGAAGAUGCGAUCAAUAAUUGGUGGAGUUUAAUUGGCUUGCCUCAUUUCAAUUUCAAGCCUAAUCCAAAAAGCGGCAUUCUUCCCUCCAAGUCCGUCGCAGCCAUUCUAAGUCUCACAUUGAGCGUUAGGUUGCGCUUACAUUUGUAUGGAGGCUGUGAUGUUCCAAAAGAUGUUUUUGAUUUUGAAAACUUCAUGCUCUCUAUCGGUCAGUUUCAAAAGCAGGUCAAGAUCGAGAAGAAGAGAAAGCUUGAUUUGUUGACUCUUCUGCGCUUGUUUAAUUUCACCAACCAGAAGUAUCCCUCCGAUAGUACUAAGCAUACUGGAGAUCUCUCCGGAGAUGAACAUGAGGACUUUUAUGAUCCGUACGUUGGAACAUACGGUCCAAACAAAAGCACAUCUCGAUUUUCACAGAACUCUAAGGAAAACUCCUUAUAUAAGAGAAACCGACUUUAUUACUCAAAGGAACUCAAGAAGCUUACAAACGUCGUCAAAAAUACAGUGCAAGAUCAUAUUAUCGUCAGGGAGGACGACGACAACUUCUUCGAUCCUUCAUCAGCUGCUGGAGGAAAGAUCAGAAACAAAAUUGCAUCAAAGCUUAGUGAUCAUGUGUCACCAAGUGAUAUCGAAACCUUAGAUUUGGAUCUUUUGGUUCGCAAGCAUUUGUAUGGCAAGACUCUCAAAGGACUUUGGUACGGGUCAUCUCAUCAUGACGACCUCCCACAAAGAACUCUACAUGUCGGCCAUACAACACAUCAAGAUCGUCAUGGCUCAACUUCAAGAAAGGGCUCGGAUGACAACUCGAAAUAUAAGUUUAUCAGUUUGAAACAAGCGAUAACUUUGAACCAAAAUGCUAGUGCAUUCUCAAACGAUCGCAACAAAAGAGGAAGUCGUAUGAGAUUCGGUUUCCAAGGAAGGAGGGGAAACGGUCUUGCCAAAAAAGACAUGUUCGCCGACUUUGCUGCAACUGACAAGGCAUCUCCGAGCAAGCAACAUUUUAACGAAUCAUUGUUGGAUGCUCAACUCAAUCAGCUCGCAAAUGGAGCAGACUACGAAGCUUGUAAGCAGGCAGUGGAGGAGUGUGCGCCAGAAUCGUGUCAAAGAGAUACCAAGGCUCUUCUCAAUCGGCGUAAUUCCUUCCCGAUUGUUCAUCCUGGGUCCGACUUGAAUUUAAAUACCAUUGAAUUUGUUCGAGAGGAGCGUGUCGAGCUAAUCCACGAGAUUAUCGAAAGGAAGGAGACCCCUUUCAGAAGAUCUCUUUCUGUGUCGUGCCUUGAUGAACAUCUUUUAAGGUACGAAAGACCGAUUUCAGAGGAACAAGUUUGCAUGAAAUUCCUUCAACGAUUGAUGCAAUUGGCCAAGUUAGAAUGCUUGAAAGCUUCUCUCGAUAGAACUGGGAACGACAAGGUGAGACGACUCUACAAACAGACUAAUUUCGAGUUGGUGAAGCUUCAAAAUGUCUACGCGCAGAUGCAAUCAAAGCAUGAAAAUAUCGAAGAUAACUAUUCAGCGGUACUUGCCGGUCGUAUGCGGGACAUCACAGACAACAUCGAUAGAAUGGCUUUCAGAUCGCGAGACUUAUUGAAAAAGAUCAACGAGUUGGAUGACAACACCAGGAAAUUCGACUUCAACCUCAAUAAGGGUAGUGUCCAGAAACUCGAGGACAUUUCAGAGCACUUGAUUCAUAGCCCCAAGUUUCACAAGGUAUUCAAAGACGAUGAGGAACGUCGCAAGAUCAUUUUCAGUUUGACGGGCCGUGAUUAUGUCAAGAAGGAGGACAAGGAGUAUGAGAAUACCUAUUGGGGCCUCCGCAUUAUCGUGACAUAUCUUUACGAGCUCAUGGUCUUUGUACUCCAGGUCUUCAACUUUGACCGGUCGAAAAUGGACUUGGACAGAAUCAGGAAAAUAUACCGCAAGAUUGAUCCAAACAGGCGUUACAUCGACAAGGUUUACAGGCUCGUGGGCCAGGAGCCCACCACGCCAACCACGCCCAGCGCAGAACAAUAA